AGGGGUAUCCAGAGCUGCCGAGAGAGGCCUGCCCGCCUUUUCCCUGCUACUGGGGGGCGAUAGGAGCAGCGCUUUGAGGACGUCUUCACUGACUGUUACGUCUCUACUCUCCUCCCCGGCCCUUAUGAGGCGGCGUCUGCGGGUCCGGAGGACUCUUCCCCGACCUUGAGAUCCAAUGGAGGCUAUUCGGGCUGCCGCUCCGGCUCUUGGAAAGAAGAAAAAUAAACCAGGAUAUGGCUUCUCAGCAAAUAAUUCAUUCUCAAGAGAAGAAGAAAGUGAAAUUGAGACUGAGCAAAUACCUGCUGUUGAUUAUGAGUGUGGUGAAGAAGAAGAGAGAGAAGAUUAUGAGAAAGAGAGUAAUGAACAGCAAGAUAUAUUAGUUGAAGAUGAUCUGAACAAUAAUAGGAUUGAGUAUAAAUCUGGAGUGCAAGAAUGGCCAGAUGGUUCUUGUUAUAAAGGCGAAUUUUCAUUUGAUUUAAAACUUGGAUAUGGAGAAUUUGCAUGGGACAAUGGUGAGAGAUAUAUAGGGCAAUUUUAUAAAGAUCACCGUCAUGGCAAAGGAGUUUACUUUUGGCCUAAUGGCUCCAGAUUUACAGGUUCAUUUUAUCUUAAUCGUAAAGAAGGCUAUGGGACCAUGGAAUUUACGGAUGGAAAACGAUUUCAGGGGCUUUAUAAGGCUGAUGAGCGUUUUGGACCAGGAAUUGAAACUUACCCAGAUGAUAGGCAAGAUGUUGGCCUGUGGCACCGAAACCAUAUUAUUAAACUAUGUACAGAAAUUCAUGAGCAUUUUACUAUUUCUGAUUUCCCAGAACUCAAUAUCUAUUUUGAUUCUGAGUCUAAAGAACAGUAUAUUUCAGAGGAAAGCACUUCAAUGUGGGACCUGAAUGAAGAAAAGGAUCCGUUUUUCUACAGAUUCAAACGUCUUCUGCUAAAUGAUGACAACUAUACGUUGCCUGCUAAUAUGUAUAUAUAUUCAAUUGAUGCAGAUAAUCUUCCUCUUACUCAAUCCUUCUUGAAAGAGUUUGAUUUUCAAUAUUUUAAGAAAAGAAAUCAUCACGCUUCUGAAAAACCAUGGCAUAUAACCAACACAACCGCUAUUCUGGUUAAGAUGCAGAAAAACAUAUAUAAAUAUAGGCAUUGUCAGAACGAAAUAGACGGGAAUGUUAAUGCCAUUAUCAAAGGCAACCGAUAUAGUUUUGCACCCAAAGGUCCCAAAGAGCUUAUUGCUGAAGAAUUGAUUGAGAAAUCAGCAGAAGGAGGCUAUAAAAGAGUGUAUGAGAUUCUGAGGGACAAUCUGGCCCAUCCAGAUAUAGCAGAUAUGAGUGGAUAUACUGCUCUUGCUGCUGCUGCUUUGAAUUAUCAAGAAGACAUCAUCAACCUUCUUCUAGAUUGUGGAGCUGAUGUGAAUAAAUGCAGUGAUGAAGGAUUAUCAACUUUAUCCAUGUGUGUUAUUCACUAUUUCCCUGCAGAAGGAUUUCAGCCCAAUAUUGCUGAAAGGAAUAUCUUUAUAAAAGAGUCAGAAGACAUCCUUGAAGAAAUGUCUAAAGAAUCUAUACAGUCAGAGAUAUCUCAGUUAUCUGAAGCGAGUACAAAUGCUACCAGCCUAGUAUCAGUUGAAGCAUUGUCAUUCUCAGUUGAAAAGACAGAAUUUGUCCCAGAUGUUGAAAUUAAGUCAUCAGAGGAAACAGAUAACGGAGAAAAGGGCUCUGGGACAAUUUGUGGUAUUUACAACUACAAAAUUAAGAUUUCUCCAGAAACUAUGCAUCAUGGUGCAGUUGUUCUUAGCCAGCAUAUGUUACAAACUCAGUGUUAUCCAGACACUGGGGACACUAUUCAUCAGGAAGGCACCUUAAGGAGAAUGGCAGCAUCAUUAACAGAGCAAAAAAAGAGAAUGUCUAUAAUUAAAGUGCUCCUAAGGAGAGGUGCUGAUCCAAAUAUUUCCAACAUCCCAAUGCAUGUACUGUUCUUUGCUGUUAAAGCCGCUGAUGCAGAGGCUGUGCGUAUACUUCUAGAAGCUGGAGCACGGACUGACAUACGACUUCCAACCAGACUUCGGGGUGUGGCUCCUCUUCAUAUUGCUGCUGCCCUUCCUUGUGCAGAAGGGAUUGUAAUCACAGAAUUGCUACUUCAUGCUGCUGCAGAUCCUGAUGUAAGGGCAGAAGAUGAGAAAGAUAAAUUCCGGUUAGAUAAGAUUCCAACGAAGUUUGAUAUUGGUGAAUCAGUAUCUUUCAUGAAAAUGAAUAAUGAAACCGGACCACCCAAACUUUACUACAAAGAAUGUACUAUUGUCCCAGAGGAAGGUGGGAGGACACCUCUUCAUAUUGCCUGUGAGAGGGAAGACAAUCUUAUGAAUGCUGGCAAAGUUAUUCAUCAUCUGUUAAAUCACAAUGCAAAUCCAAAUGUCCUGUGGAGUGGCCAUUCCCCUCUUUCACUAGCAGUUGCCAGUGGAAAUCAACAGGCAGUUGCUGAACUUCUGGCUGGUGGAGCUGAUCCAAAUCUACCUUUAAGCCAAAGUCUUGCAAGUGCCCUGUGUGCUGUUAUUAAUCCUGCAUAUGAGCAGAAUGGGACAUUAGCAACUAAGAUAGCACUGAUUGAUUCUCUCAUAGCAGCAGGUGCAGAGAUGUUGAUGCCAAUUACUCUUAUUGAUGAGUGUAGAACUGCAGUGGGGACAGUUGUGGACUAUGCAUAUUUCAAAUAUUAUCAGGAUAAAAGACUGUUGCAUACUCCCCUCCAUUCUCUGUCACCAGUAGAGAGGGAUACUUAUGCAUUUCGACGAAAGAUGCUGGAUUUUCUCAGUGAACGGCUUCGUGGGUGUGUCAUUGAAAAGGAAAAACAGUGGGAUGAAGAAGAACUUAGGAAAAUCAAAAUUGCUUCUGCAGGCAUAAGAAAGAAAUCUAUGGGUAGCACUUUAGGACAGUCACCAGAAACAGAUUCAUCAAAAUUGCUCUUCUUUAAAUACUGCUACCAGUGUGGGCGAUCUGUUGGUGUGACCCUUACACCUUGUCCACAUUGUUUUGAGAUCUUCACUUGCAGCAAGUCCUGCAAAGUCAAGGCUUGGAAUGACCGGCAUAAGCGAGAGUGUUUACAAACAGUGCGACAACGUAAAGCCAGCAUUAAAACAAAAGUGACUCUUCAAUCUGUAAAAUCAAAGGACACUAAAGCAAAGAAACAGACAGCAGCCAAGCAUAAAAAGGAAGAUAUAGAAAAGUGGAAAUACGAUAGAAGACGACGAACCCCUGUGCAGGCUAGCAGUCGAGCAGAUCUCCCUUACACUGGGAACUAUAGUUUCAUUUAAAUGUUAUUUUUCAUGAUGUAGUUCUGGUAAAUUUGAUGUUCAAAAUGCUGCAUAAGGAAGGAUAAAAAAAGACACUUGUUUUUAAGACAAAAUAAGAAAUAGUCCAUUUUUAUGUUAUUUGGGGGAACCAGUUUAAAUAAAUGCCUGGUAUUUUCAUUUAUGGAUGUAGUAGUGAAGUGCCCAUAUUCUUCCAAAGUCUGUUCUUUUCAAUAAAUAUGGCAUUAUUAUUUUUUAAAGAAUCUAGUAAUGUUUACUGCACUUUAACAACUUGGGAAGAUAGAAUGACUCUUCUGGUGAUACACAGACAUUUCUGUCAUUAUCGGGUCUUUCAAAUUCCUCACCUGAUGGGUAAUAUUAACCCUCAUAAUUGUUUAACUUGAUGUGCUGCUUAGUUUCCACAACAAUGUAAUUUUUGCCAAGCAGUUGAUGGUUCCAGCACAAACAUAAAUGUAUGUAUCUUUCUGUCAUUGUUGUUCCAGGAAUUUCAAAAAGUAGGGAGAAUCAGUUUUUAUUUUAAAAAUGUAUGAGUAGAGAACCAAAGCAAUUGUUUCAUCUGUUCAGUUGACAGAAACAAAGCUGGUCGCAAGCUCUGAGACACACCCAGCUCUCAGUCAUCUGUGAGUGGUGAUUUUAACACCCUAUUCUUGAAAUCUUAUUUGCAGCAUUAAAUUAGUAGAAUUCAUGAUUAAAAGCUUCUUUUCAGAGUAAUAAAAUAGCACAAUCUUAUUUUAACUGGAGCUUAGUUGAAAACUUACAGUAUUAUUGAAUGAAAACUAUUGUUUUUAUAUGUGAUCCCCGUAGGCUUGGUAGUGAAACAUUUAUUAGUGAUCUUUUCAAUUAUAGAUCCUAUUGUAGUCAGUGAAAAUUGGGAUAGAAUUUAGUGGUCUCUGUACUUGUAAUUAAGGGUGAAAAAAAUGCUAGCAGUUGUCUCGCUUAAGGCUACUGAUGGUGUUAACAAUAUUGAAGUAUCCUAUUGCUGUGCCUCUGCUGUAAUAUAUU